AUGGUCGUGUCGUUGGGAUCAAUAUCUCUGGCUUCAGAAGAACCAGACUUGGGAGGAGGAACCCGCAAUUUGCAGUGGAUGCUUUGGCCUAUUUCACCCUCUUGCGGUCCUUCAAUGCCUCCAAUUUCCCCCUUCCUGGCCCUAUUCCUGAUUGUUUUGGUCUCUCUCCCUUCACUCACUGUGCUUGAUCUUCGUUCUUGCUCCAUUGUUGAUGCUAUUCCCUCCACUCUUGGCAAUUUAACCAACCUCACUAGUCUCUAUCUCUCUGACGACAACCUCACUGGGAAUGUUCCUGGGACUUUGGGUCAACUCUUGGCCCUUUCGGUUCUUGAUCUUUCCAGGAAUUCUCUUACUGGCUCCAUACCAGCCUCCUCCGCCUUUCUUGAGAAUCUUUCCUCCCUUGACAUGUCUGCUAAUUUUUUGUCGGGGCGAUUCCCACCGGCAUAG